ACAUCUGCAUAAUCUUUAUAUUUUAUAGGUUAGCCGACAGCGAAGGUUAUGUGUAUAUUAAAGUAUUAUAGUAAACAAAUUGCCGAAAUUGCAAUAUGAUCGUAUAGUAUUUUACGGUCACGUUUUGUCUCGUGAUUUUUGACGAAUUUAGUUUGAUAUUGCAAUGUCAGUAUUGCAUCGUGCUGUAUAUACUUGGUUCAAUCAUUUGAUUUUUGCAAUUCUACUUGUUCUAAGGCUCGAUCAAAAAAUACAAUGGAAUUGGUUCAUUGUUUUCAUUCCAAUGUGGUUAUACGACCAAAUAUUUUUGAUUUAUAUCGUUUUUAAUAUGGUUUCCCAUUUUAAAAAUGGUCUUGUUGUUAAUUUGCGUCGACAAGCAUGGUACAUGGCAGCUGUAUUUAUGAAAUUAACUGCUCAGAUUCUAAUUUGUUUGAAAUUGGAAGCUUCUCAUUGGGAAUUACCAGCAAAAGUUGUUUUAGCACCAUUUUGGGUACUCCUUCCAGCACUGACAGUUGAUGUUUUUGUCCAUCUGAUACAUGACCCGUAUUGACAAUGGCAGAUCACAGUUAAUUCAAAGAUAUUUAAUUAAAUAUGAUAAUCGUAUUAUUGGCCCUGGGAAUCCAAUGGAUGAAAAUAAAUACAAUUAUGAAGUGUUAACUGGAAAACUGUUUAUAAG